GCGGCCAACAAAAGGAGAAGUAAAAGGGAUUACGACUCUUAGAGAUCUUCAAAUUCAGUAUAAGAAGAAGAACCAAGAAAUCUGAUUCAAACUUGUUAGAAUCAUGGCGGAAUCAAUUCUAUUCAAUGUUGCGGCAUCCCUUAUAGCCAAAUUGGGCUCUCCUGCACUCACUCAGUUUCAAUUGCUUUGGGGCCUCGAUGAUGAGUUUGACAAACUCAAACAUACCAUUUCAGCCAUGGAAGCUGCGCUUCUUGAUGCAGAGGACCAACAGUUCAAGAGCCAUGAAGUGAAGAAUUGGAUUUCAAGGGUCAAAGAUGCUUUCUACGAUGUCGAUGACUUGAUUGACGAGUUUGCUUAUGAAACCUUGAGGCGACAAGUUAUAGCCAAAAGUCAAAGAGGGGCGAAAGAGAUACUCGAAAUGAUGAGCUGAAGAAGAGUCGAGAGACUUCCUCUUUUAUAUAUGAUGAUGAAGUGGUUGGUAGAAAUGAUGACAUGAAAGCAAUUAUGGAUCUUCUGAUAGAUACAACUACUGAAGUCAAUGAAAACAUUGCAACGAUUGCCAUAGUUGGAAUGGGAGGAUUGGGAAAA